UUUGACACUUUCACAGUAAAUUUGUCCAGAAUCAACCAGAGUUAAUAACACCCUCCCAGGCACAGGUGUAGUGUGAGUUAAUGUUAAUGCAUAUCUGAUAUGGUUUUCUUAUCAUAAGGUAUUGGCUAUAUUAAUAUUAUAUUUUUUUGCAAGCCAAAAGUGCACAUUGCUGCUAACUUAGUUUGUGAUUGAUGGUUGACAGUUUUUUUCUUUUCUCCCUGCAGCUCCUUUAUAGUCAACCCCCAUCACACCUUCUUGUCAUCAUUUUGAAUACCCAAAGGCACUUUUAAGAGCCACAUCCAUCUAUCUAUCUAUCUAUCUAUCUAUCUAUCUAUCUAUCUGCCUGUCUAUCUGCCUGUCUGUCUGCCUGUCUGUCUGUCAGUCUGCCUGUCUGGGUCCGUCUGUCGGUCUGUCUGUCAGUCUGUCUGUCUGGGUCAAUCUGUUUGUGUUGCAAUGGCCACGAGACGUACCAUUGACCGCCAGCAUCCCAGCUACAAAGAGGGGAAACGUAUGGCGCUUGACAUGAAACAAGACCACAUUCUAGCUGAAGCCAAGAGAGCAGUUGAGGAGAGGAAACGGGCACGUUCUGGUGGAGAACCUCCAUGUAGCUCCAACAGUGACUGCGCCAGACGAGGCAAGCCAAGGGGGAGGCGUGGAGGGCGACGCAAAGCCUCAGCUACAGUCACAUUCCCCCCAGCUGAGUGCUCCCUGUCAUCCAAUGUGGACGUUCCACUUACUGCACCCUCAGCACAACUAAAUCCUCAAGAGGCAUUUGAAAAGUUCAUGGAUAGGCUUUCAUCUCUAAAUGCCUCAAGUCCUUCUGCCGAGCCUCAAAGAAGCUCUGCAUUGUCAUGGACUUUUCGGCAGCAGAAAGCCUCAGAGCGCUGGAAAGAAGCCCGACCAUACCACCUACAAUGCCUCAUUGAAAAGGAGGCUGUUGGUCAUCCCUUGUGUUGCCUCUGCCACAAGCCUGCUGUUAUUAGGUGCAGAGAGUGUCUCCCUGAAGAGUGGUUCUGUGGGGACUGCGAUGUACUGCAUCACAAAAAACAGCCACUCCACAACAGGGAAUGUCUGAUACGUGGGUUUUUUGAACCCAUUCCUCCAACCACACAUGUCAUUAGAGGGGAGGGUGGAUAUUACACUCAGGAGCAAGCUUGCAUCUUGCCAACUGUGAGAGUGUCAAACUGCGUCUGUGACGGCACAACCUUCACUGUGUUACCAGGCAAACCAGUGAUUUUAAUUACCAUCAAUGGGCGUUAUGACUUGCAUCAGCCACUGUAUGUAUGUCAGACGUGCCAGCAGCAGUGGACCCCUGACAUGAAGGACCUCCUUGGGAGUGGAUAUUGGCCAGCCUCUGUCAAUACUUCCACGCUGUACACGUUGGACCUCUUGAGCUCCUUUCAGGAACUCAAAGUCAUCUCUCCGGGAUUCUCCAGACAGGCCUUUGCAAAGCUGCUGGAGCAUCGCACCAAGUGUGGAGGACGAUCUGGACAUAUCAACGGCGACACUCUGCAGCGCAGCUUCUUGGAGUUUUCAUAUGCUUCGUUUGAAAAAGACCAACUCUGCUGUGGUGCUGUUUUUACCUGCCCAGCCUGCACACCAGAAAUGUUGGCUGUUUCAGCAGAUGGAAACAGAAAAUUAUAUCGCUUUCGCCGAAAUGGAAGUUCUGGUGACCAUGCCUUUUUUGAGGGAAUAUUUGUGGCUGAAGACAGUGCAGUGUCUGGAUUUGUGGACAUAAUCCAGAAAGCUGUGAAAAAUGCAAGGAAGAGGCAUGUGUGGGGACCCCAGUGGACAGCAGCAGGGGCUUCGGGGGCAUUGGAUGAGAGGGCAUGGAGGUUGCUGUGUGCCGCCAUGGUUUCCUUCUGA